CAGCAACAAUAACAGGAACGUUACCGUGUCACCUCAACCACCUUAGGGUUCUACUUUCUAAAUAUGUUGCUCCAACAUUAAAGGCUAAAGGCAACUCCGGCGACCACUCAUCUUCUCAAACUACUACUUCUACUUGUUUCACUCUUAUUUUUUAUUUCCUCCAUUACCCUUUUAAGUUUCAGAUCGAAGAUUGAUUCUCAUCAUCAGCUUUUUCAAGAGCCUCUCCUUUGUGGGAAAGUUUUGAAGUGGAUGGGUUGGGAGGUCAGCUGAAAGGUCAUUACUGAGAUCCCCAAUCGAGCUUCAUGAGCAUGAAUGCUAAGAAAUAAUGGCAAUGAUUUCGUGCUUAACAAAUUUGAGAUUGUUAAAAUAAAAUAAAGCUCUGCUUCGUUGAAUCUUACUGGUUUAAGAGCAUUGCAGACUUGAUGUCUUUGUGUUGUUAACCAUCUGCGUUGUCAUUUUCAACAUGAGCAACCAAUUCAGUGAAGAUAAUGAAGAUGCGACUGUUGCGGGAUUUGAAGUUCCUAGAUCACCUGAUUCAAGUUACAACAAUGCAUACCCAGGGAAUGAAGAUGAGGUACGGGACCCACCUUCAGUGCCUCCACACCUGCAACACUCGUUGCUUAGCUACCCUGCAAGUGCAGACUCUUCUGAAACGCUUCCACUGCCACAGAAUGUGAUUCUCAACCAUCUUUACAUUGAGAACCGGGAGACCCCACGUUCUGUGGUAGCACUCGGGUUCACUCAUCGCUUCCAUUCAAAAUUUGUCACUGUUGUGCUAUACAAACCUGUUCAAAGGAGGGGUAGUGCCAGCACUUAGUAUGCGUAUAUAAUAAACAUUCAUUAGGUUUUCUUUCUUUGCCCAUGUUGUGAUGGAAUUGGCUGCGAUGGACUCUACUAUGAGAUUAGCCAAAACGAGAAAUAUUUAUAGCCUCGCAUCACAGCAACUGUUGGAAUUAGGUUCGUUCUAUUGAACCCUGAAGUUCUCAUCACUUAAUUAGUCACCUCUGCCAUGAGGGUAGAUUGCUAGACUUGUAAAGUUUCCAUUCAUCUUCCUGCCAACACUCAAAUGGUGGAGUGGAGCUUGUUUGUACUAUGAAACUUGAAAAUUUGCUUUAUGCCAUGGACAUGUGCACCUGUUGUUCUGAAAUACUCCAUAUUGAUAGGAAGGCUCUGUUUCGUA